CACUACAAUUUUGAAAAAAUAAAUAAAGUACACUUCACGCGCAGAUUUAUAAUACUUUGCAAAGUUAAGUGGCUGCAUUUCUGCGAUUUUCUUCCAUAGUUUUGGUCGUGUGCAAAGCAAUGCCAAGGAAUAUAAAGCUGAUAGCCACGGAUGUGAAGACGGCAGCCGGGAGAUUCUUAAAUAACGACUGCAGGAUCAUCGUGUAUACGGCAAUGGCCAUGAGGAGCAUGCACAUGUACGGAUAAACCAGCCACCUAAUCACCUGCAAAAGAAAAACAAGCUAGUUAGAUAUUCUGCAUUGAGUGGGCAAGAGCAGAAGUACCUUCCAAACUCCUAUAAUAAGCAGAAGCGAGACCAAGGCAUAUGCGGCCGAUCCAGUGGUCCAUACAAUCUUCACCGCCUGAGAAACUCCCGCCAAGCUGGUCAUGAAAAGGUAGCCGGCAGUCACACCCGACACGAAGGAUAUACAGGCCAUUACGGAGACGACCACCCGGCUCGUCGGCAGAAGUCUUCUAUAUGUCAAUUCGUGUUCGCUCAUCUGGAAUUUGUCCUUCCUCAUUCAUUUUUAUGAAGUUUUUGACAUCUAUAAAUAUUUAUUAUUAUAUGGCCCCUUUACUAUUUUUUCUUAUACUUUUGUAACCAGCUAACGAUUUUUCAACAUUUAUUUGACUUUCAAACUUUGAGCGCGCUUUUAUGUUUGUCAAUCGGCUAUCGAUUUAUUAUACCACUAUCGAUUAAAAUUAAUUUGCGCACAAGAUUUCCAGACGUGAUUAAUGCUGAUUUUUGGACUGGGUUUAACCGAAUUGCCAGUACUUGGAGUCGGAACCGGAGGACUACGAUUCCGGACAGGAUUCCCGGUCGGAAGGGGACUACGAGCAGGUAGUGGUCCUGCAAACCGGAGAACUCUACCGAAGAAGGUUCCAAUCCAUCUGAAUCACCAUCCCCUAACUCCGAUGACCUCUUGAAAGCGCACAAAUAAUGGAUCCCUUGGUGUUCUUUGUAGUACUAGCUUCGCUCUACGGCGUUCUGUACUUCUUCGACCGCUUCUUCAAAAGCUGCAUGCACUACCCUUACGAUGCCUUCCUCAAGAACACCGGACUGAGUGUCAACUUCAUGAGCCUCCAUUGGCACACAAGUGCCUUCAAUAGGACCCUCCUGCGUUGGGGAUCCGCCGGAAACAGCUGCACCCGUAGAGUAAUGCUCACCAGCUUCAAUAUCGGUGUCCUAGUCACCUUUUCGUUGCUACCGAUUGGGCUCAUCCUGCUCAUUGCCACCAUAUUUAGUAGUGGCGAGCAGGAAAGCUCUUCGUCUGCAUCCUCUCCAGUUGGAGUGCCCGUGCAGUUGGAAAUUCUGCUGCCCGGUGUCAACUUGCCGCUGGAGGAGAUCGGCUACUAUAUCACCACACUGGUGCUUUGUCUAGUGGUCCACGAAAUGGGGCAUGCCCUGGCCGCUGUCAUGGAAGAUGUGCCAGUCACCGGAUUUGGUAUAAAGUUCAUCUUUUGCCUGCCGUUGGCAUACACGGAGCUCUCCCACGAUCACCUAAACGGCCUGCGUUGGUUCCGCAAACUACGCGUUUUGUGCGCCGGCAUCUGGCACAACUUUGUGUUCGCCGGCGUGUGCUACCUCUUAAUCUCAACGGUGGGCAUCACCAUGUCACCUCUGUACGCUUACAACCAGCAUGUGGUGGUCACCGAAUUAACCAGGAAAUCUCCGCUGCGAGGGGAGCGCGGCUUGCAAGUGGACAAUCAAAUCACCCAAAUAAACGGAUGUCCGGUGGACAGCGAGGAAAGUUGGGUGACCUGCCUGCAGAACUCCCUGAAACUCAAGCCGGGCUACUGUGUGAGUGCGGACUUUGUGCAGCUAAACGACGAGAGCAGCGCCAUUUCACAUCACAGUAUCGAUGGACAGCUGCAGUGCUGCGAUGAACUGAAUCCCAAUGUGAGUUGCUUCGAGGUGGUGGAGGAUGUCAAUGGUGAUGUGCCCGUGGAGCUGCCGCAGCACGUAUGCCUAAAUGUGCGCCGCACUCUGGAGGAGGUAACGGAGCACUGUUCCUCAGGAGUCUGCAACGAGGGCUUUUGCCUGCGCCCGCUUAUUCGAAAUAUCACUGCCAUAAUGACGUUUAAGCGGCAGAAUUCACGAGGAGAAAAGCUGCCGCCGGUGAUUUAUGUGGGUCAUCCCUGGGAUGUGACCCGAACAGUAGAUGUCUCAGCCUUUGUGCCGAGAUACUCCUUCCUGAAGGCAGCGUGGCCGGAUGCCUGGCUGCUGCUACUCAAGUACAACGUUGUCUUCAGCAUAGGAUUGGCCCUGAUAAAUGCCAUCCCCUGCUUCGGCUUCGAUGGCGCCCACAUCACCAGCACCGUGAUACACAGCUUCUUGGUGGGCCGAGUGGACCAGCAUGCCAAGAGGGAUCUCAUCUCGGUGAUCAUCACCAGCGUGGGCUCUCUGCUCUUCGGACUGGCCCUGCUUAAGGUGGCCUGGCUGAGUUUCCUGCGACCUCUGCUUUAGAACUGAUACUGAUAACUGAUAAAUGGAACCUGGGAGUCCAACUCCCUCCAAAGACGCUAGACUGCUAUUUCACCUCCACGAAACACAAGAAAACACAGCGAAUUGUAGCACAUCAAAGAUUCGAAAGCUUUUGUCUUAGUCCGUAGUCCUAACUCGUAUUUAUUUUCGUACGGUUGUCGAGCUCAAAAAUAAAAUCAAAUUAAGCUAAGA